GCUGGACAACCUUCUUUUGGUGCUGAUAUUUUUAUUCAUUUCUAGAUUAAUCCCAUUUUUUUAUUUAUUCCUUCUUCGUCAUCUUCUACCACUUAUCCUCGCUGAACUGGUGGUCAGAAAUUCCACUCGCAGCAUGUACCUUAUUGUGUAAGCUGAAGAGCUAAUGGAAUGUCUACCACCACCUCGACCUCCGGCAACAUGCCCUCCAACGGAGCGGCGGAUCUCGAUCCUCUCGACGCAGCGGACUACGAUCCAAUUGACCAUCUAAACGCUGUCUUCUCUCACCCCUCCACGCUGUCCUCCGUGUCCCAGGUUUUACAGUCCCUCCUAGACUACGAAGAUGAGCUCGACGAAGAGAUCGGUGCGCUAGUGGAGGAACAAGUCACAUCAAAUGCGGAGAGCGUCGAGCGCAUACAGGCUGCCCAGGAGGAUUUGACCGAGUUAUUCAAGAAGAUUGACGAUGUGCGGGACCGCGCCUCCAAGACGGAACUAGCGAUUACGGAAAUGACAGCGGACAUCAAGCAGCUUGAUAAUGCAAAGAAGAAUCUCACGCAAUCCAUGACGGCACUGAAGAGGCUACAGAUGCUGACGACGGCAUACGAUCAACUCCGGGUCCUCGGUAAGACACGCCAAUAUCGGGACUGUGCUCAAUUACUGCAAGCGGUUAUCCAGUUAAUGGCGCACUUCAAGUCGUACCGAUCCAUUGAUCAGAUCGCUCUUCUCAGCAGGAAUGUGGCGGACAUACAGCGGGAGUUGUUAGAGCAGGUCUGCGAAGAUUUUGAGCUAGCGUUUGCCAAGGGUGAGGUGGGACAACAGCGAGUUGUACUUUCGGAGGGCUGUCUGGUUAUGGAUGCUUUGGGGGAGCAUGCGAAGUCCAGGCUUGUAACCUGGUAUUGCAACUUUCAGCUACGGGAGUACCGACAGGUAUUUAGGAAUAAUGAGGAGGCAGGGUCGUUGGACAAUAUUUCGCGGAGGUAUUCAUGGUUCCGUCGUAUAUUGAAGAUCUACGAUGAGGAAUACGCAGCGAUAUGGCCGACUUCGUGGAGGGUUGAUGAAAUUCUGGCGAACAUCUUCUGUGAAGGAACGCGAGAGGAUUUCAAGGGAAUUCUUUCCCGGUCGGUGCGAAAUGGGCAGACGAUCGACGUCAACCUGUUACUGUCGUGCUUGCAGGAGACUCUUGACUUCGAGCAUACUCUAGAACGGCGGUUCGUCAAUUCAUCUCGUCCGUCAACCGACACAUUCACCUCAUCUGAAGCACCCGUCUUCGGCCAAGCCAUCUCAGAGGCCUUUGAGCCCUAUCUGAGCGUAUGGGUUGAAGCUCAGGACAAGCAGCUAGCCGCCCUUAUACCGAAAUAUCGGCAGCAGCCAAUUAGGCCCCCUGAUGAGGAGUUCGAUUCCAAUAUCGUUAUAGCAUCCUCUACGGAGCUUUUCACAUUCUACAGGCACUCCUUACAACAAUGUGCGAAACUCUCGACGGGUGGGAGCCUUGCCGAUUUGGCAAAGGUCUUCGCAAAGUACUUGGAUCAAUACGCGCAGCAAGUUCUUUUAUACUAUAUCAGUGAGAGGCCCACCGGCACUACUCCAUCCAAAGUACCGUCUCUGGAAGACCUCAUCUUAGUUCUCAACACUGCGGAUUAUUGUUACACUACCUGUAACCAACUGGAGGAAAAGAUCAAAGGCAGGCUCGACAAGAAUUUGAAACAAUCAGUUGACCUGCAAAGCCAGGCAGACUCGUUCAUGGGAAUCGCAUCUGCUGCUGUUCGGUGCCUUGUUCGGAUGGUCGAAAUCGAAUUAGAGCCGUCUUGGCGGGAGAUGCGCAACACUCCUUGGAAUCGGCUUGAGAGUGUCAGCGAUCAGAGCACCUACGUUAGUGAACUAAUGACCAAGCUAAACUCCAAGUCCUCCGAGAUUUUGCAGUUGCUCCAUAAACAGCAGUACGCUCGAGCUUUCGCAGAUCAUGUUGUGGAGCUGCUAUCAAACGUAUUCAUUUCAAACAUCUUCCAAUGCAAGCCAGUCUCGGAGACUGGAGCAGAGCAAAUGCUCCUCGACGCAUACACACUGAAAACCGGUCUCUCAUCACUUCUACCAGCGCCCGCUCCAGCAAGUUUUGCUAAGCGCGUCAAUAACAGCUUCAUCAAGAUUGAGACUCUCCUCAAAACCCUCCAGGUACAGCCAUCGCCACCUGAGGCCCUAGUACAAGCCUACUUGAUCCACAUCAAAGACAGCAGCAACACGAACUUCCGCAAGAUUCUCGAUCUCAAGGGAAUCCGCAGUCGACAAGAGCAGAACCAGCUCGUGGAGCUCUUCCAGAUCCACCGCGCAUCCGAUCGUCACGCACCAAACCUCCAGCAAAGCAAUCCCAUCCUGACAGCCCUUCAAACCACUGCCGCUUCCUCCUCGAACCCAGUCUCCCAAGGUCUCAGUCUCGGAACCGCAGCAGCGUCCAUCGGCGCUUCUAACCUUCCCACCCGCUUCGAUGCAUCCAUGCUAGGAUCCGCCAUUAUCUCCGCCGCCAAAGACGGUGUCGAUCGAUUCGGAACCCCCAUGUCCUCAACGACAAACCCCGGUGCAGGCGGUGCCCCAGGAUCGGCCUCCACCACCCCCGUAUCGCCGGGGCCAUUCGCCCAAUUGCAGAGCAGCGCAGAGAACGCUACCUCCGGCAACCUAAAUGAGAACCUGAAAAAUAUUGGGAAGUUUUUCCGCCGUGACCUGGGCGGACUCGGCGGUAGGUUUGGUAGGAGCGGCGAUGAUGGCAAUUGAAGCGGGAGCAUAUUAUCUCAUAAGCUUCAUGCCAAAGGAUGGGUUGGCCAUCUUUUCUUCCUCGUGAAAUAUACCAUGUUUGCUGUUCUGAAAGGUUUAUAUAUACCGCGUUUUACGUUGCGGAAGGUAGAAAGGGCUGAUAGGUGCAAUGUAUGAUACCGAGUAUUUAAAUCAUUACUUCAUUCGACAAAUGAUGUGAGCUACCUAAAGGUUUGAACAAUCCAUCAUAUCCUUGCACAUGUCUAACCUACCAGCAUAUUUCAUCUGACGCGGUAUAUGAUUCAGAUCAACUAAGACCGGAUUCUCGUGCAGUAAUUCUGGCGUACUACGAAUUCAAACCGUAGAUAUACUAC